AUGCCGCCCGCAUGGGCCCUCGGACGGGCGCUGAGCCGGACUCGGGGCGUCCCCCAUCCCACCAAAGCCCGACCACGCCCAAUAUGUCUCUUCUGUUCGCUCUCGACCCCGCGACGACUCCCUUUACUGUCUACGACGAUACCAACCACAACACCACUCCUUCGAACCCAACGAACCCCCUACUCAGCUCUAACCCAAACACAACAUAAACACUCCCGCGAAUACUCCUCCUCAUCCACAACAACCAACCUUCGUAGCGACCCCCGCGUCGACCUCCACAACGCCCUUCGCGACCUCCAAACUCUCGCACCCGCCCACGUCCACCUCGCCCGUCUACAGCUCGCCCUGCGCAACCUCUCUGAGCCGCCGGGCCACGAGUCGAUCCGCGUUGCUGUUCUUGGCGUGCCGCCUUCUACAGGCCCAACAGCCGCAGCAACAGCAACAGCCCGCCGUCUCCUCCAACUCGCCCUCGCCGACCCGCUCCAGCCCGCCGCGCCAUGGGAAGCAAGGCUAGUAGAAGGGCGCGAAUUCAACGAUCACGACGGUGAACAUGCGCAGGCGUUGAUUGUGCGGGUUGUCGGGGCGGCUGAACAAGGAGGUGUGGUGUUGGAUGGCACAAGGACCGGAGCGGCCAGAGCUACGGUUGAAAUUGGCAUUGAAACAGCCAAGGAACAUGCGAUUCCCGAGUUGAAGGUUACUGCGCCGGCGCUGAAGGGGGCCGAGGUUGAGAUGCUUGUUGGUGUGCUACCUACGGCUGCUGUGGCUGCUGGAGCUGGAACCGGCGGGGCUAGUGCUGUGGAUGAUGCGGUGUUGGUGCCGACGCCGGGUGUUGCGGCCACGACGGCGGGGCAUGUCGCGCCGGUGGAAACUCCCGUGCAUAUGGCGUUGUUGGUUGGGGACGGGGUACGCGGGGCUGCGGAGAUUCUGGGGCUGUCGGUUGUGGAAGGGCGGGAUGUGAUUCUGGGCGCGGUGCAGUUUGACAAUGUUGGGGAGCAGGACUUGGAGGGAUGUCCGGUGGUUGCUGUGAAUCUGGAUACGGCGGCUGAGGGACUGGCCUUGUUCCGGGCUAACGUGGGCAACGCGAUGCGGUAUGAGGCACUGUGGACAGAGGCGAAUAUCAGUCAAAUCAGUGAGUGGUUGAAGAAGGGCGUGUUGCCGAACGAGGAUGGCGAUGGAACGUUGAAAGCGCCAGUCCGGAACCUCAUCACCUCGCUACUGCGGAGUGCAAGGACGGCCGUCCAGGAAGAAGAAACCCGCAUCUUGGGAGCACAGCCGAACACCACAACCAAAGGCUCUUCUCCCACGUCAGUGGCCCAUCUCGACCAGGCCCUCACAGACUGGGCCCAGGGGGCCCACCAAGAGCUUCAGCAGCAGCUCGAUGCCGCGUUUACCACACGCCCGUGGAGUAGGCUCAGGUGGUGGAAGCUCUUUUGGCGUGCCGACGACGUGGGCAUGGUCACGUCCGAGCUGGUCGGCCUCCGGUUUCUUCCCCAGGCCGAGAAGGACCUGAUCUACCUCGCUGGUCGCAUCCAGGAAGCGAGCGGCGGCGGACCACCACCUCAAUACACCGCGCCGUCAGCUCUCGAUACGCCCUCAACUACCUCAUCUACUUCAACCAGAUCCACAUCCACAUGCCCGCCCUGGCCCACCACAAUCCCCCACACCCGCACCUACCUCCAAACACGCACCGUCCCCGCCCUCCAAGCCCUAGCCCAAACCCUCGUCCUCCAAUCUGCCACCCUCGCCGGUCUCACCUCUACCCUAGCCGCCCUCUCCUAUCUCUCCUCCGUCGGCGCCUACGAGUGCGGCGCCAUCGCCGCGUUGGGCCUGGUCCUCAGUUUCAGGCGGUUUCAGCGGAAGUGGGAUGCUGCGAGGAUGUAUUGGGAGGGGGAGGUUAGGGAGGAGGGACGGAAGGCGAUCCGCGCUGCGGAGGGGAGUGUUGCAGGGGUUUUGGAGGGGUUUGUUAAGGGGGGGGGGAAAGGGGGGAGUGGUGGGGAGGUUGGGGGGAGGGUGAGGGAGUUGGAGGAGGUUAGGAGGGUUAUUGAGCGGGCGGAGGAGGCUUUGGGGCGGUUGAAGUGA